AAUAAGCGCUUAGUGAGACAGAUGUUAUUGAACGCGGUUAGGAAGCCGUUAACGAUUUCAUUCCACUUGCUGCAUACUGCAAGUACUUAUAUCGAUACAUUAUCAAUUAGUCUCUUGUGCUCAUUAAUUUAAUACAUCUCGUUUACCGGUAACUGAAUGACAAUCACGAAAAAAAACGUAGCAAGCUUUUAAGACAAGCCUUAAUGCUGCACCUGGAAAUUGUCAGUGUCAACCAGGCGCUCUAAAAAUAACGAACACACGUUUUCUGCAAGGUAUCAAUGCUGUAUUGGUAAUCACUGCGUGAGCAGAACAAAACCUCAGAGGGAAUACGUCUCUCAUUAUCUCUUUUCUGAUGGGAGAAAGCUUUUUACAACCAUGGCAGCUUCCCAGGCAGAGGUACAGUCUUCAGGGGCUUCCAAAAAUCCCAAAUUGAAAGCAGUGCCUGAUGUGGAUAUCGAUAAAAACGGGAGAUUUAAAUACAUCCUUAUUAAAGUGCACGAUCCUGACAAAGAGAGGGAAUUUAAGCAUAUUGUGAGAGGAUAUGCCAGAUGUGAAUAUCAUGCGGAUAUAUUCGAUGAAGUAGCUCCUGCGAUAGAGGAAUCAGGGCUGGACUGUGAAGUACUGGGAGGGGGUCGCAUUAAUCAUGAUUCUAGCAAGAAGAAAAUAGAAAUAAACGGAUACUCGCAGGGUUAUGGUCAGGCCAAUCACAGCAUCACCGCUAGAAUUCUUAACAAGCGAUUCCGGGACUACGACAACAUCACGUGGAACAAUGAUGGCUAUUAGUGCAAUACAACCGACCAAACGACUUUUUUGUCAUGCCAGUUAUGAAUGGAGAAGUUCCAAAGGCUCGUUUUUGUACCUUCGUUUGAAGAGUUGAAUAAUUAGUCAAGGGAGACAGACAUUUUUAAUCUGGGCUUUAGGCCUUGAAUAAUAAGUCUAGAGAGAUGGACAUUUUUUACCUCCAUUUGAAGACCUGCAUGGUAAAUCAAGGAAGAUGGACGUUUUCAACCUCGUUUUGAAGACUAGAAUAAUAACUUAACCCUUUGCAUGCUGGGAAAUUUGUAGUCUGCUAAAAUGUCGUCUGCUGAAUUUCUAAAAUUAGCAUUUUCUUCGAUUUUUUUUUCAAAGAAUAUUAUCAGAAUAGCAAACAGUUUGGAUCCUGAUGAGACGCCACAGAACAUGGCGUCUCAUCUGGAUCCAGACUGUUUGCAAAGGCCUUCAAAAUUCGGUUCCCGCACUGAAAGGGUUAAGUGAGUCAGACAUAUUUUUACCUUUGUUGGAAUAGUCAAAUGCGUUUUGUUACAUCUGACUUAUUUUUGGAAUAGAUGGUAUGGUUUGAACCUUAUUUAAAUACUAAUUCAUGAGCACAUAAUUAUUUGUUAUGUCUUUUUAGAUAGGAACAUUUUUUAACUUUCAUUUGAGGAUAUGAACAUUUUUACCUUUAUUGAAUUGCCUGAAUAGGUAAUUGAUAGGAAUAUUUUUUACCUUCCUUUGAAGAGUUGAAUGAGUAGCUUAUAAUUAGGGAUGGCAACGAAUACCGAUUUCGGUAUUCGAAUAUUCGGUCACCCUUCCGAACGAAUAUUCGGAUAUUCGGUCAACAUCCUGUUGGAAAAAAGUCAACUUUGUUUACCGUACCAUUACUCCAUGAAUUCUACUUUCGUUUUUACCGGAAGUUCACCGGAAGUGACUAAAUAUUGACACAGCGUUGCCGUCGCUAAUUCGAAGCUGAUUUUGUUGAUUACUUUUUAUUGUUAAAAUUGAAAGACAAAAACUGUUUUUAAACUAUUAAUAUCGUACAUCAACAAUAGAACGAGAAAUAUAAUAUUACAUGACGACAAAAUAAUUACAUGACAAAACAGUUAGAUCUACAUAUAAUUAAAGCUGAACUUAAACGACUUAUUUACAUAGCCACAACACACUUUGAACCUGUUUAACAGACUAAACAGUCAGUCUUUGAAAGUUGCCACGUUUAAAAGACACUUGGAUCGGCGACUUCUUAUCGGAUGAUGUCGUGAAAUACUUCCAAGCAGCGGAAGGCGUAGGUGGUAUUUUGUUUGGACAGAUAUUUACUUUAUGCGUGUAGCAAUUAUAAUAUUUUCAAUUAAAUGAGGGUGCAAUACCAAAAACAUUUCUUUAAGUAUAAUACCUGAUUGAAUAUUGAGUAAUUAAUUAAUGUUUGGACCAUACAAUACGCAAAUACUCAUUAGAGGUUGAGUAAAUUAUUUUCUAAAAGCUUUUUUGAUUGGACAACAUGAUUAUAACCAUACGAUCUGUUUUGUUUUUCACACCAAGUCGGCUCUUUCUUUACUCAUUUAAUCUUUGAUCAUUUUAAAUGUAAUUCGAGUUAUUAGAUCAAGACAGGUUGGUGUUUUAAUUGCCAUACGGUCUUAUUUGUUUUUUUACACAAAGUUGGCUUUUCCUUUACUAAUUUAAUCUUUGAUAAUUUUAAAUGUAAUUCGAGUCAUUGGAUCAAGUGCAGGUCGGUGUUUUGAUUGCCGAAGAGAUUUGCACCUAUCAUAAUUUUGACACAAAGUGUCUGGCUUUGUUAGCGGGAUUUAUGACUGGUAUACUGUCAUCACCAUAGCGACGCAUUAUCGCGCCAACCGGAAUAAACAUUAUGACACGAGGAACAACUUUUUUUUACAAUGUUUGAAGCAAAUUUUACGAAUACAAAGUCUUUGAAACUACUCGAUUUUUUAUUUUUUCUUCCGAAUAUUCGAUUCGGAAAACAGUAUCCGAAUAUUCGGUCCGGGACCGAAUAUUCGGAUAUUCGGAUAUUAAUUGACAUCCCUACUUAUAAUUGAUUGGAACAUUUUCUUACCUUCAUUUAAAAAAUCGGAUGAAUAGAACUAAUUAAUGGGACAUUUUCUUACCUUCAUUUAAAAAAUCAGAUGAAUAGAACUAAUUAAUGGGACAUUUUGUUACCUUCAUUUAAAAAAUCGGAUGAAUAGAACUAAUUAAUGGGACAUUUUCUUACCUUCAUUUAAAAGGUGAAUGAAUAGAACUAAUUAAUGGGACAUAUUCUUACCUUCAUUUAAACAAUUGGAUGAAUAAAACUGAUUAAUGGGACAUUUUCUUACCUUCAUUUAAAAAAUUGGAUGAAUAGAACUAAUUAAUGGGACAUUUUCUUACCUUCAUUUGAAAAGUUGAAUGAGUAGCUUAUAAUCGAUUGGAACAUUUUCUUACCUUCAUUUGAAAAGUUGGAUGAAUAGAACAAUUGAAUGGGAGAAUUUUUGCAUUUACUUGAAGACUUGAAUAGAAAGGUUUUUUCCCUAGUAGCUGUGUUUAAAGAGCCACAUAAUAAGCCAAAGGAGAGGGUAUUGUUUAGUAAACUAUUCUGUCAGCAGACAUGAACUUGUAUAUAGCAAAUAUCAAUCUGCCAGGUAUAUGUAUACAGCACAGGCACAAACUGAUUACUUUUGAGUGUGGAACUAUUGUAUUAUCCAGGUAUUUUAUUGUUCAAAAAUGGGUCAUGUAGGGGGACCGAUUCCCAAGGGAAAAAAGUAUAUAUUUUUCCCAAAUGGGACCUGAAAAUUCCCAAUUGAAAAUAAUAAAAAAACAAACUUUGUUUCAAUAAGUUUGAACAUUAAAUUCAUCUCAAAUCCAGCUCUUUAAGUUUAACUUUAGUAAAUAUAAUAUUAAUAUCACUUUUAUUCUUAAUUUACAGCAUUUGUUAGCAAAAAACGAACAAUUGUUAUUUCCCAAAAUUUAGUCAAAAUGCCGCGAAUUUUCCCAAUGCAAAGGGACCCAAAAUGGUGAAAAAAAAACACUGUUAUCUGAGCCAGAAUGUUAAUCAUUUACCAAUUAGAAACAUAUUUUCACGCAUUUGUGGUCCCUUAGAAAGUUAUAUUUCAUUUAAGACUUUUCUUACUAGAUUCAAGCGUUUAAGGCUUCAUCUCCAAACCAUAGAUACUGAUGAGCAGCAAACAGCAUAAAACCUGAACAGACUGCAAGUUACUCGCAGGCUAUUCUGGUUUUAUGCUGUUUGCACAUUGCCAUUUUCACUUUCGACAUGAUGAAAUAACCAUUUAGAUAAUAGUGUUCAAUUUUUUUAACAUUGGAAUUUUUUUAUACAGAAGUAAACAUACAUGUACUAGGAAGCGCUUGGCUCGAAGUUUUGAUGGCUGGAAUUUUUUGUUCGCAGUCCCUGCCACACUGAAGCUUGUUGAAUCAACUUAUAUUGUUAAUUGUCACUAAUUGUUGUUGAUAGGUACUUAUUGUGAGUACCUAACACGUACAUGAUUUAUUUUAUUGUUAUUAACUAAAUUGUUUAAAAAUAAGUAAACAAAUGAUUUUUGGCCCAUGACAAUUAUGCAUUAGAAACCACGCUGGCAUUUAUGUUGCAGCAGUUUUGGUGAUCUUUUUUUACAAUAAUAGAUUUUUUUUAAAUAUGUCUUGAAAGAAAAAUACUAUGUGUAAACAUGAAAAAUUAACAUAAGAUCACUAAAUAAUCAUUGUUUUGAUUGUAUUGGCAAGUAUGCCACAUUCAUUUUUGCAGGAAAACUACUCUAGUUCUUCUUGUGUCAAAACUUAACCCUUUGCAUGCUGGGUAAUUUGUCUUCUGCUAAAAUGUCGUCUGCUGAAUUUCUAAAAUAAGCAUUUUCUUCAUUUUUUUUCAAAGAAUACUAUCAGAAUAGCAAACAGUUUGGAUCCAGAUGAGACGCCACGUUCUGUGGCGUCUCAUCUGGAUCCAAACUGUUUGCAAAGGCCUUUAAAAUUCAGCUCCAGCGCUUUAAGGGUUAAUGCAAUAGCUGAUAAAAGUUGAUACUGGCAAUUUUUUAGGUAGCUUGUAUGUAUAAGUUCACUCAAUUAUAUUGAAAGAAAACAAAAAUUACAUGAAUGAAAUGCAUGACAUUACAUACAAUGAUGUGUCUGUAUAAAUUCUAUAGUUCUAAUUCUACAGAACUGUGUGUGAAUUCAAAAGAACUGUAUUUGAAGUCUAAAAAACUGUAUUUGUGGUUUAAAGAAUUGUAUUUGGAGUCUAUAGAACUGUAUUUGGAGUAUAUAGAACUGUAUUUGGAGUCUAUAGAACUGUAUUUGGAGUGUGUAGAACUGUAUUUGGAUUUAAAAGAACUGUAUUUGGAGUCUAUAGAACUGUAUUUGGAGUCUAUAGAACUGUAUUUGGGGUCAAUAGAACUGUAUUUGAAUUCAAUAGAACUGUAUUUGAAUUCUAUAGAGCUGUAUUUGAAUUCAAGAGAGCUGUAUUUUGGGUCAAUAGAACUGUAUUUGAAUUCAAUAGAAAUGUAUUUGGGGUCUAUAGAACUGUAUUUGGGGUCAAUAGAGCUGUAUUUGAAUUCAAUAGAGCUGUAUUUUGGGUCUAUAGAACUGUAGUUAAAUUCAAUAGUACUGUAUUUUGGGUCAAUAGAACUGUAUUUGAUUUCAAUAGAACUGUAUUUUGGGUCAAUAGAACUGUAUUUGAAUUCAAUAGAAGUGUAUUUGAAUUCGAUAGAAGUGUAUUUGAAUUCAAUAGAACUGUAUUUGGGGUCAAUAGAGCUGUAUUUUGUGUCUAUAGAACUUUAUUUAUAUUGUAUAUAUGUAUGUCAGAGUGCUGUGUCUUUGUAUGCUUUAGUAAUAUUUAAGUAUAUUUUUGUGUUUUCAUGUGUAUUUCGUAAAUGUUUUACUUGCAAUUCACUAUGAUAUCUUUUAAGUAGUGUGUAGUCGUUUUUCUGUUAAUUUUAUUUGUAUCCUUGUUAAAUUUAUUUUUGUUUGCAAGUUCAGAAAUAUUGUUCUUUAUGUGUCUUUUAGUUUUGGUUGUUGUUGUUAUAAAUUGGUAUUUUGCAAAAUUAUGAAAAGGCUUUAGAUUUGUGUUCAUAUUUUUGAAAAUUUAAUUAAAGUUGAUAAAAAUGAGUUUGACUUUAAUUGAAAAGAUUAAAUGCCUAAGACAAACUCAUUGAUUCAUUAGUAGUACAUUUCAACAAAUAGUACCCUGGUAAUGCAACAAUAUAGCAUUAUAUGCACUUGUAUUUUGUAGCAAUAGAAUUUCUGUGAAAAUGUACCAAGGGAAGUUACUCCUGAAAUCUAUUUAUUGUUUGAUGGUUUGCAUGAUUUGUCUCCCUGAAUUAUCAAUGCAAAGUUUGUGGAAAUAAAAUAUAGAGUGAA